UUGCCAGUUUCACUUAGGAAGUGAGGGUGUGGCAAACUGUUUGGUAAUCCUUAAAUAUAUAAAUAUCUUGCUUACACAGAGACUCCAUAAAACCCCUUUGACUGAGUUUGGAAGAGUCUCUCGGCCUGAAUUAAAGUGCUAUGGAGCAACUUCUGACUCCCAGCAGCAUGAGUGAAGAAUCUCAUAGUCGUCUCAUAUAUGACAGCCUGGUUGAGCUGAGAUGCCACUUUACCUGGGAGUUGGAUAUAAAAGAUGCGGACAUGCGUGACUUAGAAAUCAAAAUCUCAGAGACUGAGUUCCUUGAUCCCAGCUACAGCAUCGGGAUGCACAACCUCCUGGCCUACGUGAGAUACCUGAAAGAACAGCACGAGGAAGCCCUGCAGAGCUUGCAGGAAGCUGAAGCCUUGCUCCAGAGUNAGCAGUUGGGCAAGAGAAGCCUGGUGACCUGGGGCAACUGUGCCUGGCUGCAUUACCACAGGGGCAACUUGGCAGAAGCCCAGAUCUACCUGGAAAAGGUGGAGAAGGUUUGCAAGAAAUUUUCAAGUCCUUUCCGCUACAAGCUGGAGUGUGCUGAGAUGGACUGUGAGGAAGGCUGGGCCUUGCUGAAGUGUGGCUCACAAAAUUAUAAACGAGCCAUGGACUGCUUUGCGAAGGCUCUGAAAGUGGAUCCAGAAAACCCUGAAUACAAUGAGGGCUAUGCAGUCGUAGUCUAUCGCCUGGAUUACUAUGAUGGGAAUUCUCUACAACCCUUAAGGAAGGCUGUCAGCUUAAAACCAGAAGAUCCACACAUUAGAGUUCUCCUUGCCCUAAAGCUUCAAGAUUUAGGAAAAACAGAUGAAGCAGAAAAACACAUUAAAGAAGCUUUGCCCAAAAUAUCCCCCCAGCACAAUAUCUUUGGAUAUGUAGCCAAGUUUUACCGAAGGAAAGGUUGUGUGGAGGAAGCUCUCGAGUUCCUUACAAGAGCCUUGCAGACAAAACCUUCCUCUCCUUACGUGCAUUAUCAGAUUGGCCUUUGUCAUAAAACACAAUUUUUUCAAAUAAAAAAAGCUACAAACAUCCAACGUAGCAGGGAGGAUAGAAAAAGAGCAGACCAAUCAUGUGAUUUGGCUCUACAGCAUUUUAAAAAGGCUUUAGAACUGAAACCCACAUUUGACAGAGCAUAUAUUGAUUUGGCUGAUGUGUACUCAAAAAAUCAUCAACGAAAAGAGGCAGAGGACAAUUUUCAGAAAGUGUUGAGCCUGAGUAACGUGGGAGAUUAUAUGCAGCAAGAGAUUCAUUUCCGGUAUGGCAACUUCCAACAGAACUAUAAGGAUUCAGAAGAGGUAGCCAUCACACAUUACUUAAAAGGCCUGAAAAUAGAGGCAACUUCUCAAUUCAGGGAUAAAAUUCUCAAGGCUUUGGAGAUACUAGCUGAAAGACGCAAGCAGGAUCAUGUCGUGGAAAGCUUUAGCCUCCUUGGGUUCAUCUACAGACUGAAAGGGAACACAAGUGAAGCCAUGUCAUGCUAUGAGAAGGCCCUGAGGCUCACAGGAGCAGUGAACCCUGAGUUUUGAGGUAAGAGCUUGUUAAGUGGCUUGUUAAGCAUGAGCAUGACUCCCUAUUCUACUGUUCUUUUCCAGCUGUGGCCUUAAAUAUAGAACCCAUGAAGGAAGAUGCAGAUGAUGCCUUUUAUAUUGCUUGCUUUUCUACAGCCCUGAUUUAUUGUUGUGGGCCUAUGAGUGUGUGACAGGAGUAUCCAUUCUCGCGCCACACAGUUCUAGAAAUUAUAAGUGUGCCUUUGGAGUGCAUCGCCUAUACUAUCAGUCUUCCGGUACCCUGAUCAAAGGAUACUUGACCCAUUAAGGCUUAUUUUUCAUGGGAUUUUCCAAAUUUCAGCAACAACUGACAGCAAAAUAAAUGAGCAAUGAUGAGCAUUACAAAGGAGAGGAAUUGAAGAUAUCCUUACAGUGUUUUAGUCCCUACGUCUAUUUUCAUAGGCUUUACUGUAGCCAGAACCUGUUUGUCAAUGACCCCCAACCUAAUAAUCAAUGUACCUUUUUGUAUACAAGUUUUUGAUUUCAGAUAAUUGUGGUAGAUUUCUGUGGCCCACACAUAUUGGUAUUUAUUUACCACUAAGAAAGAUUUAAUGCUUUAGGAAGAGAGAAUAAAGCAGUAACCUCUGUAGAUUGUGCCAACCAAAAAAUGACAAAANAGCUUCGCGACACUGUUCAGACUAUGGAGACUUGUGUGAUGUCACCUUGUUGUAUUCCUAACCCUAUCGCAUUUAAUAAAAUCUGAUAAUAUCACAGACUUGUGAGUGUAUUUUGCUGGGAACAUUAAGAUCUGUAUUCUAUGUUUGGAUGGAACCAGAACUCAGCAGAAUCAAACUGCGUAGGGCUAGAAUGGACAAAGCACGGAUGCCCUGGGAAUAUACUCACUACUGAAUCUUCCAGAAUACAGGGGGAAAGAGGGAGGANGUUAGACUAGCAGAAGGAUGUCUGAAAGACUCCUAAGAAGUCAUAU